CUUGGGCAGCCCAUCGUCGAGCGCGAUGUUCCACAUCAGCGCCGAAUGCGCGUUGUGUGUGAUAGCUCCCAAGAAGAUGUUGUCCAUGUACCACUGGGCGCAUCCGCUCAAUGACGCACAGCACGGGCAGCGAGCAACGCCGAACACACCUUCACAUCGCUCCACUGCAGAUAUCUUCAGUAAGAUCCGAGCAAUCCGACGACACUGGGGCUCACCCAAUCACUCCCGAUGGUCCCCGCACAUUCUAUUCGACAAUCUGUCCGAACCCAAUCAGGUGUCCGCCGUCGACAUACGUCAGCACCACUCACCUCCUUGGCUGGACUAUAACACGGUGUCAGAGCAAUCAGCUUGAGCGGAUUUCCACCUACUAUGCAGCAUGGAAUGUGUCUU